CGGCGCCCCGCGGUGCGCGCCCCGUGUCGGACCCGCCGCCCUCUCGGCGCCCACACCCAGGCGCGCCCGCGCGUGCCCGUCCCCGCCUGCAAGCGCCGCUGAAGAUGGCGAGUCCCGCGCCUCCGGAGCCCGCCGAGGAAGGAUGCCCGGCUCGGGCUGCCGGGGAGCAGGAGCCGCCGCCCCGGGCUCCCCGCGGGGAGCGGGGGGAGGAAGCGCAGGAGGAAGGGGCGGCGGCGGCGGCCGCGGGGCGGCAGGUGACGGAGGCCGCGGGCGAGGUGGCCGCCGCGGUGACCUGGCUGCUGGGGGAGCCCGGGCUGUGGCUGGGCUGCUGCGCCAAGGAGCUCCUGAGCUGGGAGAGGCCGCUGCGCACCUUGCUCGGCUUCGCCGGGGCCAACCUGCUGUUCUGGUUCCUUGCAUUGACUCCAUGGAGAGUGUAUCACCUGAUUGCCGUCUCGAUACUUGGGCGAGUUAUUAUGCAAAUAAUAAAGGAUAUGGUUUUGUCUAGAAAGAGAGGUGCACAGCUGUGGAGAAGCCUCAGUGAAAGCUGGGAAGUUAUCAAUUCCAAACCAGAUGAAAGACCCAGGCUCAGCCACUGUAUUGCAGAAUCCUGGAUGAAUUUCAGCAUAUUUCUUCAAGAAAUGUCUCUUUUCAAACAGCAGAGCCCUGGCAAGUUUUGUCUCCUGGUCUGCAGUGUGUGCACAUUUUUUAUGAUCUUGGGAAGUUACAUUCCUGGGGUUAUACUCAGCUAUCUACUCUUACUGUGUGCAUUUUUGUGUCCACUGUUUAAGUGUAAUGAUAUGGGACAAAAACUAUACAGCAAAAUCAAGUCAGUUCUGCUGAAACUAGAUUUUGGAAUUGGAGAAUAUAUUAACCAGAAAAAACGUGAGAGAUCUGAAGCAGACAAAGAAAAAAGUCACAAAGAUGACAGUGAAUUAGACUUUUCAGCUCUUUGUCCUAAGAUUAGCCUCACGGUGGCUGCCAAAGAGUUGUCUGUGUCCGACACAGACGUAUCCGAGGUCUCCUGGACUGACAAUGGGACCUUCAACCUUUCAGAAGGAUACACUCCACAGACAGACACUUCUGACGAUCUUGACCGACCUAGUGAGGAAGUUUUCUCUCGGGGCCUUUCAGAUUUUCCAUCUCUAGAAAAUGGCAUGGGAACAAACGAUGAAGAUGAAUUAAGCCUCGGCUUGCCCACGGAGCUCAAGAGAAAAAAGGAACAGCUGGACAGCGGUCUCAGACCCAGCAAAGAGAGGCAGUCACCAGCUGGUCUCACCCUUCCUCUGAGCAGCGACCAAACCUUUCACCUGAUGAGCAACCUGGCUGGGGACGUCAUCACAGCUGCAGUGACUGCUGCUAUCAAAGACCAGUUAGAGGGCGCGCAGCAAGCCCUUUCUCAGGCUGCACCCAGCCCGGGAGAGGACACAGACACUGAAGAAGGUGAUGACUUUGAACUCCUUGACCAGUCAGAGCUCGAUCAAAUUGAGAGUGAAUUGGGACUUUCACAAGACCAGGAAGCAGAAUCACAGCAAAAUAAGAAGUCUUCAGGCUUCCUUUCAAAUCUACUCGGAGGCCAUUAGUCUGGAAUCAGCUUGUAUGACAGAGCACAGAUAAACUACCAAAUAUUUCAAUCAAGCAAAAAAAAAAAAAAAAGGAAAAAAAUGUUUUUGAACUGUGAGCUUUACUCAUUGCUUUAGAUUAUUUUGUCUUAUUUUUCCCUUCUGCAGUGAAUUAAUUGGAUAUAUAUCAGCUGACACUGAUAGAUUGGUAUAUCUGAUAGUUAUUUUUAUGUAAUAAGCAUGGAAAUGAAAAAUAUAUAUAUACAAUUGGCCCUUGAACAAAUGGGUUUGAACUGUGCGGGAUUAUUUCAAUAAAUACUAUAAAUGUA